UCAGCGGAAGUUUGAGUCUGUAGCGUCUCCUCCUUGUGCGGCUGUGGUGAAAACUUCAGAAUCGCUCCGUUAUCCGCGAGCAAAUUAGUUUAAACAUUUGAAAAAGUCAGCAGCAUGUCUCACCUCCGACCCAGACUGUGUGUUGUGGAGAAAGGAGCUAAAGGCUACGGCUUCCACCUGCACGGGGACAAGAACAGACCAGGGCAGUUCAUCCGACUCGUCGAGGCCGACUCUCCCGCCUCGGCGGCCGGGCUGCUGGCCGGAGACCGGCUGGCGUUCGUCAACGGGGACAGCGUGGAGGGAGAGAGCCACCAGCAGGUGGUCUCCAGGAUCCGGGCCACCUCCGGGGCUCUGGAGCUUGUCGUGGUGGACCCAGACACGGCCGAGCUGCUGAAGAAGCACAACCUGCCUUGCCGGAAGUCGUUCGUCACGGAGGGAAUCCCUGUGCCCGGCGGCGACGGAGACUCCGACCGCGGGGACUCGCACAGCAGCGGCAGCUCGAGAGAGUCCAGCCCGGAGUCCAAGGAGAACGGAGACACCUCCUCGGAGAGGUCCGGGAGGCUCAGUAUCAGCUCCAGCAUCAAGGAGGAGCAGGAUGGGCCCCGGCCUCGUCUCUGCCACAUGAAGAAGGGCUCAAAUGGCUAUGGCUUCAACCUGCACAGUGAGAAGUCCAAGCCGGGUCAGUUCAUCCGAGCCGUGGAUGAAGACUCUCCGGCACAGAGAGCCGGCCUCCGACCUCAGGACAAGAUCAUUCAGGUGAACGGCGUGUCGGUGGUGGACAUGCAGCACUCAGAGGUGGUGGCAGCCAUCAAAGCCGGCGGAGCGGAGACCAAGCUGUUAGUUGUUGACGCAGAGACCGAGGAGUUCUUCAAGAGGUGCAACGUCCUUCCCACUGAGGAGCACAUCACCGGAGUGCUUCCUGAGGCUGCAUCAGAGAGAGCUGAGGAUGAGGCAGCAGCUAAGCUGAAACCCAAACUGUCUGUGAGCUCUUCAGCCUCCAACUCCUCGUCCAACGCCUCCCUGCCUGCAGCCGCACGAAACUCUCCUCCUCCUCAGGUUGAACUGGCCCCGGAGCCCGAGCCGGCCACAGCCUCCUUGGGUCUGAGCAUGUCUCUGGCUCAGGCUAAAGAGCGUGCCCAUCAGAAGCGAGCGGCUAAGAAAGCGCCUGCGAUGGACUGGAGCAAGAGGAACGAACUGUUCAGCAACUUAUGAGGAGGUGCUGGAUCACUCCGUGCUGCCCCCCAGUGGAGGAUCCAGAGACGAUCUGCCUCUGCUACUGCGUCCAAUUCUUACAUGCAUCAACUCCUGUUCAGCAGUAUUAUAUCAUGAUUUUAUUAUUUUAAUUUAGAGAUUUGAUACCUUUUGUUCAUGUUUUAAUGACAGCUGUAAUUUCAGCAUCACACAGAAAUGAAGGUUAAUAUAUGAACAUCUUGAUGUACAGUUUCUGUUGUGGAAAUGUGGGGCAAAGGAAUGGAAAUUCCUGACAGAUUUUAUUCAACAAUUAGAAAAUUUCAACAACAAAAAUUUGCCCUCACUCCUAUGAUGGUGUUAUGUUUCGAUGUAUGAUUCAGAGAAAUGAGAUUGUUUCUUCUUUCUUCAUAAAUAUGUACAUAUGUGAAUGAAUUUUAGAGGAUAUUUUACUGAAAACUCGGACAAUCAUGUUUGAUGAUUUUUUGAGGCUGCAUCUGCUGAUCUGAGUGUCAACAAAUACUCCCAGCCUGAGCUCACAGUAGAUUGUACUGAUAAAUAUAACAUUUGGAUCAAAUGGACCCGAGUCUGUCUUUUUAAUGUGUCUACAGCAGCUGCUCCACAGGUUUUCACAGAACCUGAAGAAGUUUAAGCAAAAAAAAAAAAACAUUAAAGAAGUUGUGUAUUUUCCAUGUUUGUGUGUCUAUUAGCAAAAAUAUCAUGAACUACAGGUUAGUUAAAUGCAAUUAAAACUCUCAGAAGUAAUCACUGGAUGUCUGAUCAAUUGAGAGUUAACCCAAUUCAAGACGGU